AUGUCAAUUGAGGUCUUGAGAGUUUUAAAUCAAUUGUAUCCAAAUAUCAAAGAGUUUGUUCCUGAAGUCACACCUAAAUCAAAGAAUUUUGUUCCUGAAGACACACCAGUCCUUGAAACAGUACCUGAAGUUGAAGAACUUGUUAUGCCUGAACAAUUCCAAAAUCAAUCAAAUUUACAUCAAAGAGAAAAUAUACUUGGAAAAGGGAGAGUCGAACAUCGUAGAGCCCUUCAUGGUAAUAUCCAAGGAAUAAGAAAACCUUCCUUAAGAAAGCUUGCUCAUAGGGGAGGAGUCGAGUGUAUAUCUAAUGAUAAUGAACACUGA